AUGGUAGACUAUUUCCAUAAGCUCAGCGACUACUUGCCUCGACCCCCCGUCGGUGGUGGCAUUUUGCCGUACUGGCUUUUAUUCAUUUCCGUGGUUUCAGUGUUUAACUCGGCCCAGCUGUACCAGAAAGACUUGACGUUAACGAGAAAAGUGUAUGAGAAUGAGGCCGACCCCGCUCACGGCAAGCCUCAGGUGACCAAUUUGAGUGCGCGUACGUUUGGGACGUGGACGUUGAUCACAUCAAUCGUGCGUUUGUAUGGUGCCUAUCAUUUGGGGAACCCUCAAGUGUACCUGUUGGUGCAAUGGACGUAUGUGGUGGCCUUCUGGCACUUCUUUAGUGAGUGGUUAGUGUACGGCACUUGUAAGUUUGGUAAGGGCAUUGCUGGUCCCGCCAUCGUCGCCACCACCAGUCUUGUGUGGAUGUACUUGCAGAAACCGUACUACGUGGGGCAAUUAGUGUAA